AUGUUCUCCACGAAGCUCCCCGAGAUGCGCGCACCCAUCGUCAUACCCACGCACGGCUGCCAGUACAACUACGAGGCGACACCGUUUCGCAUCGACAUGCCCUCGACGCUCGUGGCCGUAAAGGCGUCGCGCUGGGCACGCAUGUAUGACGUGGCAGGCGUCAUGUACCUCGUGGCUUCGAUGGGUCUCAGCGUCGUUGCGCUCUUUCUCUCGUCCGAGUACCUCGCCAAUGACCUCUUCUGGCCGACUUUGCCGUCUUCGUCGGCGAGCUUCGCCGCUGUUUUCAAUAACAAGCUCGUGCUCGAGGCCGCUGAGCCAAUACUGGACGUCACGCAGGCAGUCUUGGCGCCAAGUGUCGUCGGCAGCUUCUCGCCGGUGUACCCGCGACCAACGAGCUUCACCCAGAACACGGCAAGCCACCACGCAGCCCACGGCCACCGACACCCAGCAACAAGCCAAGACCACACGAAGCACGCACAGCAGCAACAAGCGGACCACGAACGCCACCACGACAGCCAGUAA